AUGGACGGUGGCGUGACAGUGAUCACCAAUCCGACUGUGUCGGUGCGGCUGACCAGUACCAUCAGUUCGUUCGAGGUGAAUAAACGAUACAACAGGGGAAUCACCAUCGCCGAAUUCAAGGUAAUUUAUGUUGGUAAUUUGCUCUUCGUGCCUCUAAAACUUAAUAAUGUAGCAAUUGCCCCUCUGUCUGCAGACACUUCGACCGCAGGUGCAGCACAGCCUGUGGCCAUGUGAUGCAGUUUCUCAUGGUCCAUUUUUUCCCCCUCCAGGGUAAAUUGGAGAUGGUUGUGGGUACCCCGGCCUCCAGCAUGGAACUGCAGCUUUUCAGUACCACUGACAAGUUCAUGCAGAAACUGGACGACAACGAGGCCCUGCUAGGUUCCUACCCUGUGGAUGAUGACUGCAAAAUUCACGUAUGUACUUCUGUGCUCAGAAACACUGCUCACAUGACACCCACAUGGUAUGUCCCCUGUUUACCUUUAUUCACAUUAGUCAUGUGUAAGAUGGGACCUACUGUUAGAUCUGUUGACGGGGGUCUCUUAACCUACAAGCAAUUUCAAAGCUCACAAGAUUGCUGACCACAGCAUGACUUUGCUAGCUUGAGUGUCAGUCUCUUUCUGCAUUCAACAAGGUUAUAUUGUUGCCUUGCCAUACUUGUCUUACUGGGCUAAACAACGACCAGUUGGCGAAAAGCAGAAACUGACUGGCACCGGUACAAUGACUGAGCCAUUCUGUUAUUUUUUAUUCAAUAUGCUGAGUCAGGGUAAUAGUGAAUUAUGUGUGCUUAGGUGAUCGACCGCAGUGGAGCCCAGAGCGGAGAGUUCAGUGAUCUGUCUAAAGUGGAGAAAUUUGAGAUUCCAGAUGAGGUCUAUGAGAAGAGGACAGGUACUGUGAGCUUGCACUAUCGUCCAUCAUUCACAGCAGUGUUUCAUUUUUAACAGUGGGGGGAAAAGGUUGCGAAGUGAGGGGUCCCUCUACUCCAAAAUGAAUUAAAAUAAGUAUGCUGACACCAUCUAAAAUAUAAUUUUCGCCUCCAGAAAUUAGCCCAAUAACAGUAAAUACAGUAAAUAGCCUAUGCAUGGUCCACAUUAUCAGGUAUGCUAUUAGCAAUAAACAUUAUCACCUUUAGACCAACUGAUGCAGCGAAGUACAAAUAAAUAGGCUGAAGCAUGUGGUUGCCUAUCUGCAUUUACCCUAUUGGGCUAAUCGUUAGCCAGAUCUCAAAUGUGAUCUUUUAACUAGUUAUCAUAUUGAUGAAUUUGAUGUCCCAAAAAACUUGCAUAAACACUGAAUAUAAAGCAGGCCUACCUGUUAGGGUAACUCGCCACCCGGGGUAAAAUGCCCCCUGCCUGUACUAAUCACAAACACCACUUAAUGUCACAAUUUCCCCCCCAAAACAUUCCCUGGGUUCCACUACUCUUGCUCAACAUUAAGAUUCUGUCUCAUCACAAUUUUUUAAAGUCAUUCCAAAGAAAUUAUUUUGAGGUAGAGGCGUUGUACCCCAAGUCACCCUACAAUUGACCGGUGUUACAUUUAGCCCCACUCUCCCCUAUGCACUCACUGCAAAUUGCUGAGGGGUAAUGUGCUUAACCAUGCUUCUGCUAAAAGCCCCGGGUUUAAAAUGGCAACAGGUCGCGCAUAUUUAGGAGUUUAGACAUAAAUAAAGUAGGAAUGGAAAGCUGGGAUUCCCCGCUUUUUAACAAAAGCCAUUAAAACUGCUGUUUUCGCGAUUGCAAGAAUUGUUGUGCAUUGACUGCUUGUCAGAAUGCAUGUUUCCCUCCCUAUGGCACUUAUAACAUGAAUGCGCCACGAGAGGAAUAUUUAUCUAGCAUAGAACACAACAACAAGCCGACUAGGUAAAUAGAUAAACUAUUCUAUGGGGUUGUUCGAUUUUUCUAUUAAUUACUCGUUUUGUUUGAAGAGGAAAAGUAGAUGUGGAAUGUUGUAGCAUCUUCAAAAUGUGCCUCAGCAGAAAUAUUUGUCCAUGUUCCAUAUUUUGUGUUGCGUAGUGGCAAUGAUUUUGCCGUGGCACAGCGCCACGGCAAAAUCAGUGUGCAGCGGAAACACUGAUUCACAGCUAAAGCGUAUGCCUACAUUCUUUCACUUUUGUAUUUGAGGAAUUUGAAAUUGAAUCAGAGGCAGUGAGGAAAUUACUUUUUUUAAAAUAGAUAUGCCGAUAGUGGACUACCUUGUUUAACUCCUCUUGACAGUUUAAAACUUUCUGAGAAGUAGCCAUUAUUUACUAUUUUACACCUAGGGUUACUAUACAUAAUUUUAACCAAUUUUUUAUAAGAGAUUCUCCAAAAUUGAAAUAUUCCAUGCAUUUAUAUAUAAACUCCAGUCGUACUUUAUCAAAAACCUUUUCAAAGUCUGCUAUGAAUACCAGGCCUUGUUUCCCUGAUUUUUCAUAGUGUUCUAUUGUUUCCAGUACUUGUCUUAUAUUAUCUCCAAUGUAUCGUCCAUGUAAAAAUCGUGUCUGAUUAGUUUGAAUAAUAUCCGACAAUACCAUUUUAAAUUCUAUGCUUUUUUCUAUAAUUUUUGCAUCACAACACUGAGGGUAAGAGGCCAAUUUCUUUGAUGUGACUGGAUCUUUAUAUUUACCUCUUGGAUCCUGUUUCAGUAAUAAUGAAAUCAGACCUUCUUGUUGAGUGGUUUAAACAUGCUAAUAAUGAUCCUCUGAGUAUAUCAAAAAGGUUUGGUAUGCCUUCCAGCCCUGGAGUUUUCCCGGACUUAAAGGCUUUAAUUGCAUCAAGAAGUUCUUCCUCUGUAAUUUGGCCUUCACAUUAGUCUUUCUGUACAGCUGUUAAUUUUCCAUUAUUCAUAGAAAGAAAAUCCAUACAAUUAGCUUUGGUUAGUGGAGAUGGAGACUGAAACGAAAACCAUAUGCUUAAAGUACUUAACUUCCUCUUUCAAAAUAUUGUUUGGUGAAUCAUGAGUUAAUCUGUAAUUUGUUUCAGUAAAUUAUUUUUGAAUUUGGUGCAUUUUCCCCCAUAUUCCAUCCAGUUUGCUUAAUUUUUAUAAUAUGUUACACUUGAUCUUUCUUGAAUAAGUUCCUCCAUUUUUUUUUGUUUUUCCUCUAACUUAUUCUGUGCCUCUAUGGUACAGUUUUUUAUCGCUAUCUGUACUGUUAGUCCCUCCAUUGCAUUUGUUAAUAUGGAUUCUUUUGACCUAAAUUGCUUUUGUCUUAGAGAUGAGUACUGAAUUGCAUGGCCUCUAAAGGCACAUUUUAAGUGUCCCAUUCAAUAAGGGGAUCUGCUGGACAUUUAUGUCGGAAAAAGUUGGUUAUAAAUUAUUCUGUCCUAGUUAAAAACAAGUUAUCAUCCAAUAGGCUGUGAUUACAUUUCCAAUAUCCGCGACCAUGUGGAAAUUCUGUAAGAGUAAUAUAAACGUCCUUUCACUGUCAACUGCGUUUAUUUUCAGCAAACUUAACAUGUGUAAAUAUUUGUAUGAACAUAAGAUUCAACAACUGAGACAUAAACUGAACAAGUUCCACAGACUAACAGAAAUUUAAUAAUGUGUCCCUGAACAAAGGGGGGGUCAAAAUCAAAAGUAAGUAUGUAUCUGGUGUGGCCACCAGCUGCAUUAAGUACUGCAGUGCAUCAUCUCCUCAUGGACUGCACCAGAUUAGCCAGUUCUUGCUGUGAGAUGUUACCCCACUCUUCCACCAAGGCACCUGCAAGUUCCCGGACAUUUCUGGGGGGGAAUGGCCCUAGCCCUCAUCCUCCGAUCCAACAGGUCCCAGGCGUGCUCAAUGUGAUUGAGAUCCGGGCUCUUCGCUGGCCGUGGCAGAACUCUGAAAUUUCUGUCUUGCAGGAAAUCACGCACAGAACGAGCAGAAUGGCUGGUGGCAUUGUCAUGCUGGAGGGUCAUGUCAGGAUAAGCCUGCAGGAAGGGUACGACAUGAGGGAGGAGGAUGUCUUCCCUGUAACGCACAGCGUUGAGAUUGCCUGCAAUGACAACAAGCUCAGUCCGAUGAUGCUGUGACACACCGCCCCAGACCAUGACGGACCCUCCACCUCCAAAUCGAUCUCGCUCCAGAGUACAGGCCUCGGUGUAACGCUCAUUCCUUCGACGAUAAACGCGAAUCCGACCAUCACCCCUGUUGAGACAAAACCGCGACUCAUCAAUGAAGAGCACUUUUUGCCAGUCCUGUCUGGUCCAGCGACGGUGGGUUUGUGCCCAUAGGCGAUGUUGUUGCCGGUGAUGUCUGCCUUACAACAGGCCUACAAGCCCUCAGUCCAGCCUCUCUCAGCCUAUUGCGGACAGUCUGAGCACUGAUGGCGGGAUUGUGCGUUCCUGGUGUAACUUGGGCAGUUGUUGUUGCCAUCCUGUACCUGUCCCGCAUGUGUGAUGUACUGCGAGGACGGUCAGCUGUCCAUCCUGUCUCCCUGUAGCGCUGUCUUAGGCGCCUCACAGUACGGACAUUGCAAUUUAUUGCCCUGGCCACAUCUGCAGUCCUCAUGCCUCCUUGCAGCAAGCCUAAGGCACGUUCACACAGAUGAGCAGGGACCCUGGGCAUCUUUCUUUUGGUGUUUUUCAUAGUCAGUAGAAAGGCCUCUUCAGUGUCCUAAGUUUUCAUAACUGUGACCUUAAUUGCCUACCAUCUAUAAGCUUUUAGUGUCUUAACGACUAUUCCACAGGUGCAUGUUCAUUAAUUGUUUAUGGUUCAUUGAACAAGCAUGGGAAACAGUGUUUAAACCCUUUACAAUGAAUAUCUGUGAAGUAAUUUGGAUUUUUACGAAUUAUCUUUGGAAGACAGGGUCCUGAAAAAGGGAUGUUUCUUUUUUAACUGAGUUUAUUUGCCAAAUAUUUGAUGGUCCGACCGCAUUUUGACCCCAUCAACACUUUUUGAACUUUUGGUGCCAGAGAGAAUGACAUAAAGUAGUCAAGAGAACUAGCUUGAUUGAGCCCCCUCCAUGUAUAUCUCACUAGGUCAGGAUUGUGAGCUUGCACUAUCGUCCAUCAUUCACAGCUAAAGCGUAUGCCUACAUUCCUUCACUUCUGUAUUUGAGGAAUUUGAAAUUGAAUCAGAAGCAGUGAAGAAAAGACUUGUUGAAAGCCACUUACCACUUUUUGUGCCACAACAGAGUGUUAGUGAUACUUAGCACAACUGCUCUCAUCCUGUUACCUUUCAGUUUGAGGUUCCAUGGCAAAACUUUUCCUUAGCACAUUACGUAAUGAUUGAUUGACAAACUAUUACCAUUGUAAUACAGGAAUUUCAUAGUGAAUUGUCCAUCUUCUUCCUCAGACUCUGUAAGGUCAUUCAUGAAGAAGCAACGUGUUGGUCGCUUCAAUGAAGAAGAGACGGCUAAAAAGGAGGCGGAGCUUGCAGCUCACGAGGCCGAGGAGGAGGCUGCUGCUUCCGCCAUCGACGUUGGCAACCGCUGCCAAGUGCAGGUUGUUGGGCUACCCACCAAGAUUGGCACCGUUAUGUAUGUUGGUGAGUGAGGUUGAAGCUUAUGCUUAUUUUCCACAAAAGGAUUUAGGCUUGUCUAAACAUCAGACUGUUACCAUGGUUACUCAAUGGCUUAUCAGUCUGACUGAAGUCGCCCUAAAAAUACGCCGGUAGGUUCUGUCACUUAUAUUUUCAUUCUCUUCACGCAACGCACGUGAUGUACAAUAUGUCAACAAUGGCCGAAUGUAGUCGACCGAAGCAUGUUUCCUCGCAAUCAGCUGUGGUUCGGUUAGGCUCUGCCAUAUUGUGCAAGUGUUUGUCACGUGCGAAUUGCAUCAGUAUUGAAAAUAAAAACCGGAAAUACCAACCAUCUUCAGACCAGCGCACUGAAAGUCGGGCUAAUAACACAUCCCUGUGGAUAUUUUGUCUCAUGACCACCUACGUAAGGACAAAAUCAGCAGACAACACGUAAAGUACGUUCAAAUUAAGUUUAUUCAACAGUCUGAGUUGUGAUUGGACUGUUCACAAAAAGUGAGCCUACAUGAGAGAGCCCCCCGUAUAGCUCAGUUGGUAGAGCAUGGCGCUUGCAACGCCAGGGUCGUUUCCCACGGGGGGCCAGUAUGAAAAUGUAUGCACUCACUAACUGUAAGUCGCUCUGGAUAAGAGCGUCUGCUAAAUGACUAAAAUGUAGAAAGGAGUCUUCCCCUCUCGGAUUCGUGGCUAGAUUUAGGCCUGUGCUAGUGAGGAUUGUCAUUUGAACAGGGCAACCGUAAUUUUUUGUUUAGGUCAACACAAUAGUUUUCCCACGCAUUGAUAAUUGCUCACUAAACCAUUUUAUGUUCACUCUUACAAAUAAAUAUAUACAGUGAGGGAAAAAAGUAUUUGAUCCCCUGCUGAUUUUGUACAUUUGCCCACUGACAAAGACAUGAUCAGUCUAUAAUUUUAAUGGAAGGUUUAUUUGAACAGUGAGAGACAGAAUAACAACAAAAAAAUCCAGAAUAAUGCAUGUCAAAAAUGUUAUAAAUUGAUUUGCAUUUUAAUGAGGGAAAUAAGUAUUUGACCCCUCUGCAAAACAUGACUUAGUACUUGGUGGCAAAACCCUUGUUGGCAAUCACAGAGGUCAGACGUUUCUUUUAGUUGGCCACCAGGUUUUCACACAUCUCAGGAGGGAUUUUGUUCCACUCCUCUUUGCAGAUCUUCUCCAAUUCAUUAAGGUUUCAAGGCUGACGUUUGGCAACUCGAACCUUCAGCUCCCUCCACAGAUUUUCUAUGCGAUUAAGGUCCGGAGACUGGCUAGGCCACUCCAGGACCUUAAUGUGCUUCUUCUUGAGCCACUCCUUUGUUGCCUUUGCUGUGUGUUUUGGGUCAUUGUCAUGCUGGAAUACCCAUCCACGACCCAUUUUCAAUGCCCUGGCUGAGGGAAGGAGGUUCUCACCCAAGAUUUGAUGGUACAUGGCCCCGUCCAUCGUCCCUUUGAUGCGGUGAAGUUGUCCUGUCCCCUUAGCAGAAAAACACCCCCAAAGCUUAAUGUUUCCACCUUUAUGUUUGACGGUGGGGAUGGUGUUCUUGAGGUCAUAGGCAGAAUUCCUCCUCCUCCAAACAUGGCGAGUUGAGUUGAUGCCAAAGAGCUCAAUUUUGGUCUCAUCUGACCACAACACUUUCACCCAGUUCUCCUCUGAAUCAUUCAGAUGUUCAUUGGCAAACUUCAGAUGUCCCUGUAUAUGUGCUUUCUUGAGCAGGGGGACCUUGCAGGCGCUGCAAGAUUUCAGUCCUUCACGGCGUAGUGUGUUACCAAUUGUUUUCUUGGUGACUAUGGUCCCAGCUGCUUUGAGAUCAUUGACAAGAUCCUUGCGUGUAGUUCUGGGCUGUAGUUCACCGUUUUCAUGAUCAUUGCAACUCCACGAGGUGAGAUCUUGCAUGGAGCCCCAGGCCGAGGGAGAUUGACAGUUCUUUUGUGUUUCUUCCAUUUGCGAAUAUUCGCACCAACUGUUGUCACCUUCUCACCAAGCUGCUUGGCGAUGGUCUUGUAGCCCUUUCCAGCCCUGUGUAGGUCUACAAUCUUGUCCCUGACAUCCUUGGAGAGCUCUUUGGUCUUGGCCAUGGUGGAGAGUUUGGAAUCUGAUUGAUUGAUUGCUUCUGUGGACAGGUGUCUUUUAUACAGGUAACAAACUGAGAUUAAGAGCACCCCCUUUAAGAGUGUGCUCCUAAUCUCAGCUCGUUACCUGUAUAAAAGACACCUGGGAGCCAGAAAUCUUUCUGAUUGAGAGGGGGUCAAAUACUUAUUUCCCUCAAUAAAAUGCAAAUCAAUUGAAAAAAAAUGUUACAUGCGUUUUUCUGGAUUUUUUUUGUUGUUAUUCUGUCUCUCACUGUUCAAAUAAAUCUACCAUUCAAAUUAUAGACUGAUAAUUUCUUUGUCAGUGGGCAAACGUACAAAAUCAGCAGGGGAUCAAAUAAUUAUUUCCCUCACUGUAUGUGUGUGUAUAUAUAUAUAAUAAUUAAUUAAUUAUACUGCUCAAAAAAAUAAAGGGAACACUUAAACAACACAAUGUAACUCCAAGUCAAUCACACUUCUGUGAAAUCAAACUGUCCACUUAGGAAGCAACACUGAUUGACAAUAAAUUUCACAUGCUGUUGUGCAAAUGGAAUAGACAACAGGUGGAAAUUAUAGGCAAUUAGUAAGACACCCCUAAUAAAGGACUGGUUUUGCAGGUGGUGACCACAGACCACUUCUCAGUUCCUAUGCUUCCUGGCUGAUGUUUUGGUCACUUUUGAAUGCUGGCAGUGCUUUCACUCUAGUGGUAGCAUGAGACGGCGUCUACAACCCACACAAGUGGCUCAGGUAGUGCAGCUCAUCCAGGAUGGCACAUCAAUGCGAGCUGUGGCAAGAAGGUUUGCUGUGUCUGUCAGCGUAGUGUCCAGAGCAUGGAGGCGCUACCAGGAGACAGGCCAGUACAUCAGGAGACGUGGAGGAGGCCGUAGGAGGGCAACAACCCAGCAGCAGGACUGCUACCUCCACCUUUGUGCAAGGAGGAGCAGGAGGAGCACUGCCAGAGCCCUGCAAAAUGACCUCCAGCAGGCCACAAAUGUGCAUGUGUCUGCUCAAACAGUCAGAAACAGACUCCAUGAGGGCCCAACGUCCACAGGUGGGGGUUGUGCUUACAGCCCAACACUGUGCAGGAGGUUUGGCAUUUGCCAGAGAACACCAAGAUUGGCAAAUUCGCCACUGGCGCCCUGUGCUCUUCACAGAUGAAAGCAGGUUCACACUGAGCACAUGUGACAGACGUGACAGAGUCUGGAGAUGCCGUGGAGAACGUUCUGCUGCCUGCAACAUCCUCCAGCAUGACCGGUUUGGCGGUGGGUCAGUCAUGGUGUGGGGUGGCAUUUCUUUGGGGGGCUGCACAGCCCUCCAUGUGCUCGCCAGAGGUAGCCUGACUGCCAUUAGGUACCGAGAUGAGAUCCUCAGACCCCUUGUGAGACCAUAUGCUGGUGCGGUUGGCCCUGGGUUCCUCCUAAUGCAAGACAAUGCUAGACCUCAUGUGGCUGGAGUGUGUCAGCAGUUCCUGCAAGAGGAAGGCAUUGAUGCUAUGGACUGGCCCGCCCGUUCCCCAGACCUGAAUCCAAUCGAGCACAUCUGGGACAUCAUGUCUCGCUCCAUCCACCAACGCCACGUUGCACCACAACUGUCCAGGGGUUGGCGGAUGCUUUAGUCCAGGUCUGGGAGGAGAUCCCUCAGGAGACCAUCCGCCACCUCAUCAGGAGCAUGCCCAGGUGUUGUAGGGAGGUCAUACAGGCAUGUGGAGGCCACACACACUACUGAGCCUCAUUUUGACUUGUUUUAAGGACAUUACAUCAAAGUUGGAUCAGCCUGUGGUGUGGUUUUCCACUUUAAUUUUGAGGGUGACUCCAAAUCCAGACCUCCGUGGGUUGAUACAUUUGAUUUUCAUUGAUAAUUUGUGUGUGAUUUUGUUGUCAGCACAUUCAACUAUGUAAAGAAAAAAGUAUUUAUUAAGAUUAUUUCAUUCAUUCAGAUCUAGGAUGUGUUAUUUUAGUGUUCCCUUUAUUUUUUUGAGCAGUGUAUAUGUGUGUGUGUAUGUGUGUGUGUAUGUAUAUAUAUAUAUAUAUAUAUAUGGAUCAUAUCUCCUCUGUCCAAGGGACAGUCAAGCAGUAGUGGAUUACCAUUUUGGGUGGUUGACAGCAAAGUUAAUAACUGAUUUCACUCCCAUUAAGUAAUUUGAAAGGAGUUUUGUUUUGUCCUCUCUCAGCCACAGAUUCCAGGUUUAACUACCUUUUUAUGAAUUAUUUUUUGUCUAAAAGACCAAGCCAAUGCUAUAUACAGUGCAUUCGGAAAGUAUUCAGACCCCUUGACUUUUUCCACAUUUUGUUCAGUUUCAGCCUUAUUCUAAAAUUGAUUAAAUUGUUUUAUUUCCUCAUCUAAUUUUUGCAAAUGUAUUACAAAUAAAAAACGGAAAUAUCACAUUUACAUAGGUAUUCAGACCCUUUACUAAGUACUUUGUUGAAGCACCUUUGGCAGCGAUUACAGCCUCAAGUCUUCUUGGGUAUGACGCUACAAGCUUGACACCUGUAUUUGGGAAGUUUCUCCCAUUCUCUGCAGAUCCUCUCAAGCGCUGUCAGGUUGGAUGGGGAGCGUUGCUGUACAGCUAUUUUCAGAACUCUCCAGAGAUGUUAGAUCGGGUUCAAGUCCGGGCUCUGGCUGGGCCACUCAAGGACAAUCAGAGACUUGUCCCGAAGCCACACCUGCGUUGUCUUGGCUGUGUGCUUAGGGUCGUUGUCCUGUUGGAAGGUGAACCUUAGCCCCAGUCUGAGAACCUGCUCCAGAGCGCUCAGGACUUCAUCAAGGAUUUCUCUGUACUUUGCUCCGUUCAUCUUUCCCUCGAUCCUGACUGGUCUGCCAGUCCCUGCCGCUGAAAAACAUCCCCACAGCAUGAUGCUGCCGCCACCAUGCUUCACCGUAGGGAUGGUGCCAGGUUUCCUCCAGACAUGACACUUGGCAUUCAGGCCAACGAGUUCAAUCUUGGUUUCAUCAGACCAGAGAAUCUUGUUUCCUCAUGAUCUUGAGUCUUUAGGUGCCUUUUGGCAAACUCCAAGCAGGCUGUCAUGUGCCUUUUGCUGAGGAGUGGCUUCCAUCUGGCCACUCUACCAUAAAGGCCUGAUUGGUGGAGUGCUGCAGAGAUGGUUGUUCUUCUGGAAGGUUCUCCCAUCUCCACUGAGGAACUCUGGAGCUCUCUGAGUGACAAUCAGGUUCUUGGCCACCUCCCUGACCAAGGCCCUUUUCCCCCGAUUGCUCAGUUUGGCUGGGCGGCAAGCUCUAGGAAGGGUCUUGUUGGUUCCAAACUUCUUCCAUUUAAGAAUGAUGGAGGCCACUGUGUUCUUGGGGACCUUCAAUGCUGCAGACAUUUUUUGGUAACCUUCCCCAGAUCUUUGCCUCAACACAAUCCUGUCUCGGAGCUCUACGGACAAUUCCUUCGACCUCAUGGCUUGGUUUUUGCUCUGACAUGCACUGUCAACGGUGGGACCUUAUAUAGACAAGUGUGUGUCUUUCCAAAUCAUGUCCAAUCAAUUGAAUUGACCACAGGUGGACUCCAAUCAAGCUGUAGAAACAUCACAAGGAUGAUCAAUGGAAACAGGAUGCACAUGAGCUCAAUUUCGAGUCUCAUAGCAAAGGGUCUGAAUACUUAUGUAAAUAAGGUUUUUCUGUUUAACAUUUUUUAUAAAUUUGCUAAACUUUCACAACUUUUCGCUUUGUUAUUAUGGGGAAUUGUGUGUAGAUUGAGAAAUGUUUUAUUGAAUCCAUUUUAGAAUAAGGCUGUAACGUAACAAUGUGGAAAAGGUCAAGGGGUCUGAAUACUUUCAGAAAGUAUUCACACCUCUUGACUGUUUCAGAUUUUUGGUUACAGCCUGAUUUUAAAAUGGAUUAAAUUGGGGAGUUUUUUUUUUGUCACUGGCCUACACACACUACCCUAUAAUGUCAAAGUUGAAUUGAAAAGCUGAAAUGUCUUUGUUAUGGCAAGCCUAAAUAAGUUUGAGUAAAAAGUUGCUUAACAAGUCACAUAAGUUGUCCUGAAUACAAAGUGUGAUGUUUGGGGGAAAUCCACUCCAGAUUUUCAAGCAUAGUGGUGGCUGCAGGAUGUUUUGGGUAUGCUUGUAAUUGUUAAGGACUGGGGAGUUUUUCCGGAUAAAAAAGAAACGGAAUGGAGCUAAGCACAGGCAAAAUCCUAGAGGAAGAUUUGGUUGUCUGCUUUCCACCAGACACUGGGAGCUUAAUUCACCUUUCAGCAGGACAUUAACCUAAAACACAAGGCCAAAUCUACACUGGAGUUGCUUACCAAGUAUCUCUAUUUGCACAUAAUCUCUUGCACAUCUAGCAUUCCAGUGUUAAUACUAUUGUAAUUAUUCUGCACUAUAGCCUAUUUAUUGCCUUACCUCCAUAACUUGCUACAUUUGCACACACUGUAUAUAUAUUUUCUGUUGUAUUUCUGACUUUAUGUUUUUUACCCCAUAUGUAACUCUGUGUUGUUGUUUUUAUUGCACUACUAUGCUUUAUCUUGGCCAGGUCGCAGUUGUAAAUGAGAACCUGUUCUCAACUGGCUUACCUGGUUAAAUAAAGGUGAAAAAAAAUUAAAAAAAAUAAAAAUAAAAAUAAACCAAGAAGACGGUGAAUGUUCCUGAGUGGCCGAGUUACAGUUUUGAGUUAAAUCUACUUGAAAAUAUAUGGCAAGACCUGAAAAUGGUUGUCCAGCAAUGAUCAACAACCAAUUUGACAGCGCUUGAAGAAUUAAAAAAAAGAUGAAUGGGCAAAUGUUGCACAAUCCAUUUGUGGAAAGCUCUUAAGAGACUUACCCAGAAAGACUCACAGCUGUAAUCACUGCCAAAGGUGCUUCUACAAAGUAUUGACUCAGGGUUGUGUAUACUUAUGUAAUUGAAAUAUUUCUGUAUUUCAUUUUCAAUAAAUGUGCGAACAUUUCUAAAAACCAGUUUUCACUGUCAGUAUGGGGUAUUGUGUGUAGAUGGUUGGACUUGUGUGUAGAUGUUUUUUUUUUUUUUUUAAUACAUUUUGUAUUCUGAAUAAUGUAACAACAAAUGUGGAAUAAGUCAAGGGGUAUGAAUACUUAAGGCACUCUUUAUUCCAACAGAAAACACUUAUUUUAUGUCUUGCAGGUACAGUAGAUUUCAAGCCAGGUCAUUGGGUGGGAGUGAAGUAUGACGAGCCUCUUGGGAAACAUGACGGCAGGUGAGGGCAACUGGCAUAAUUUUGUGACAUCACAUGGUGUCUGAGAAUGUUCACUGUUAAGAUCUACCUUGCAUCUUGACUUGUUUUUCUGGUAUUAGACCUAUGGAGAGGACAGAGAAACUCAUCCGGUCUGCACAAAUGUACUUGAUGUCUCCUCUCUUUCCUUACAGUGUGAAGGAGAAGCGAUACUUUGAAUGUGAGAACAAGUACGGUGCGUUUGUCAGGCCCCUGACGGUGACUGUGGGGGACUUCCCAGAGGAAGACUACGGUCUGGAUGAGAUGUAG